CUGACCCCCCCCGCCAGCUUUGGUAGGUGGUCGCCAUCUUGUCCGGGCCGGCGGUGAGGGAGAAUCCGCUGCGGUGUCGCGAUGCCGGACGACUGGGACCCGGAGGUGUACAAGAGCCCGCCGAGCCGCACCCCCAUCCCCGAGAAGCGCUCGUCGCUGCCCAACCCGCUCACUAUCCUCGAGACCCUCUUUUACUACACCGUCGACGCGCCGGUCACCUUCUUCCGAGAAUGGAUGGAACGCCAACAUGCGAAGAGAAGAUCUUAUUACUAUCAUCGGAAUUUCACCCGUGUGCCGGAUCUGACUGAGUGCUUGGAGGAUGACUAUGUAUGCUUCUUUGAAGCUGAGGCGCAGUGGAGGAGGGACAUGAAAGUUGAUCAGGAAAUUGUGAAGAUAAUUCUGGAAAGGGUAGAAGUUUGCCAGACCAGGGAAGGACCUAACUUCAGUCAGAACUGUGCAAAGGAGAUAGAGCAGUUUGCUCAGGUUGCUCAAGCCUAUCAAGAUAGAUAUGCUGAUCUUGGUGCCCAUGGAAAUGCUAGAAAAUGUUUAAUGAAGCAGAAACACAGAAUGAUUGCAGAAAGAAAAGCACAAGCACAAGCAGAAGCAAAAGACUAAGCUCAAAUCCUCAAUGCGUAGUAUUUGAAGUUUAAGGUAUGAAUACUGUAUUGUGAUAGGUUUCAGAGUGGUAGCUGUGUUACUUCUCAUUGUAGUAUGUGAAUCUUCCAAUGUACCUGGAUGCUGAGGCUUGUAUGAGUUGUAUUACUCAACUGUACAAUAAAGCAUUUGCAGAGGACAUCUCUGCCAAAUAA